CAGUGUGUUUCUGUCUUUGGUUAUUUUACAGUGUUUUUAAGAAUCACUCCAUUGGCCUGUGUCGUCAUAUAACAACAUACUGUGACAAAGGGACAAAAGCCCCCCAAAAUGAAAUCACAAAUGAAAGUUUGAUGUUCACAUGCACACAUUCUUGAUCUAAUGGCAUCUGUGUGUUUCUGUCUUUCUGUGCACUGUUUCACACAUGAAGAGAUGAUGAGAAUAGUGAUGGAGGGAGAUCCUGUCCCUCUACGCCCUAAUACUGGUAUACAGAAAAGUGAUGAGGUUCAGUGGCUGUUUGGAGAUGAAGAGCAGAUUGUCCUGACUGAAAUCAAGAACACAGAGGUGACUAAAUAUACUGGACCUGAUUGGAGAUUCAGAGACAGACUGAAGCUGGACAAGGAGACAGGCACACUGACCAUCACAAACACCACAGCUGCACACACUGGAUACUACACUCUGAAGAUCACAAGAGAAAGAGAAAAAAUAUACAAAAGAUUCCAUGUUUCUUUCAAAAAGAGGAAGAUGACCGUGACGGAGGGAAAAUCUGUCACUCUAAAACCUGCUAGAGAAAUAAAGAAAGAUAAUUUGAUUCGGUGGCUGUUUGGAGAUAGAGUGCAGCAGACUCUCAUAGCUGAACUCAAUGUAAAGACCGGAGAGAUCUCACCAUAUGCUGAUGUUGCUGAUGGGAGAUUCAGAGACAGACUGGAGCUGGACAAGACGACUGGAGAUCUGACCGUCAAGAACACCAGGAUUGAACACUCUGGACUCUAUAAACUACAGAUCAUCUCCAGCAGUGGUGUUACAGAACAGAUAUUUACUGUCACUGUCAAAGGUGAGUAGCUCAGUCAGUAUAAUCAUGAUCACAGAUCUUCAUUGGCAGUUAUUCUCCAUAAUUCUGUUCUUCUGCAGAUAAUUCAGAUCAAACUGUUUAAUGUUCAGACUAGGGAUGCACCGAUCAUGAUUUUUCAUGGCUGAUUCAGAUACUGAUUUUUUUUACAA